GAGAAAAAGUGAAUAAGUGGUGAUUACAAACCAGGACCCAACAGACAGGAUUAGUUUGGUCUCGAGCCAGAACAGCACAUUUGUCUUGUUUGUUCUGCUGGAUCCUGGAAGCCUGCGAGGAAUAUAUCUAAAAAACAGAGCAGUAGAAGACAAAUAGAUUGUCUCCAAACCACCAAACAACAAAGUAAACUGAUAACUCCAAAUUCUGACACUGAACCACUAAGAGAUCUUCAUUGGAACUUCCUGGAACACAGAUCCAAACAGUGGCUCCAUUAGAAAGGUCCUUGUGGAUUCUUCACUGGUUUCUAAGGAAUCCAAGCAAGUUCUGGAAGUGCUGUUGGUUUCCAAGUACUUCUUACUUUUUUCUUCAGGUCCUUCAAUUGCGUUUUGAGCUUUUGCAACAAAGUUCAGGCUGGUUUCUGGAGUCCGAGCAGUAGAUUCAGUAACAGAUUUGAGAAUUAAAGUGACUUCAAAAUGGAACCAGGAAUAUUUUCCAUGCCGAACAUGUUCACCUCGCUGCUGUUUAUCUGGUGUUUCCAGUUUGUCUCCAGUGUCGGCAGCCAAAGCAGCUUCACACCUCAGCCUCUUCAGUCAGAGGCGGGGAUAUCUGAGCUCCCCAGCACCGACUCACCUCCACGACUGGCAGCAGUCCAUCGUACUUCAAACACAGAGACGCAUAUCUCACAGGAAACUGUUAAUAGGCCGUCUGUCUUAUUGGAGUCCGGAGCAGGAAAACUGAAGCCUGUGAACAAACUCAAGCCCAAACAUGAUAGAAAACUUUUACCUUCCUCACCGUCCUCCAACUCCUCUCAGAUUGAGGAUGAAUUAAACCAAACGCCCCCCUCCUGCCAUCAGCAAACGUCAAUAAAAGGCACCUUCAAAUAUGUCAACACGGUGCUGUCCUGCUUGAUCUUUUCUGUGGGGAUCAUCGGGAACACCACCCUGCUGAGGAUUAUCUACCAAAAUAAAAGCAUGAGGAAUGGACCCAAUGCCCUAAUAGCCAGCCUCGCCCUGGGGGACCUGAUAUACAUCGCCAUAGAUAUCCCAAUCAAUGUCUACAAGCUCCUGGCGAUGCAAUGGCCCUUCGCUGACAGCCAGUUUGGCCUCUUCCUCUGCAAGCUGUUUCCCUUCCUGCAGAAAGCUUCAGUCGGCAUCACGGUCCUCAACCUGUGUGCUCUCAGUGUGGACAGGUAUCGUGCGGUGGCGUCCUGGUCCCGGAUUCAGGGCAACGGGGUUCCCACGGUAACGGUGGUGGAGAUCGCUGUGAUCUGGCUGCUGUCCAUCUUAUUCGCCGUGCCAGAGGCCGUCGGCUUCACCAUACACACCUUCGACCACAACAAUGCCACCUUCAGAGCCUGCAUACUGGAGCCUCAGACACCCUUUAUGACCUUCUACCGGGAUGCAAAGGUCUGGUGGCUGUUUGGCUUCUACUUCUGCGUCCCUCUGGCCUGCUCGGCUGUUUUCUACGGCCUCAUGACCUUUGAGAUGCUCAGGCACCAGAAGGGACAUCUGAGGAUCUCGCUGAGUGAACACCUGAAACAGCGUCGUGAAGUGGCCAAAGCCGUGUUCUGCCUGGUGGUGAUCUUUGCUCUCUGCUGGUUUCCUCUUCAUCUCAGUCGACUGCUGAAGAAGACCGUCUACAAAUCACAUGAUGUUCACCGCUGUGACCUCUUGAACUUCCUGCUGGUGCUUGACUACUUCAGCAUCAACAUGGCGACCAUCAACUCCUGCAUCAACCCCAUCAUCCUGUUCUUCGUCUCCAAGAAGUUCAAUAACUUCUUUAAGUCCUAUCUGUGUGACUGGUGUUACUCUGGAUCUCUCUCCAACAGCGUGCAGCCUCUCCAUCAUGGGACCAGUCUGCAGUACAAACACACUGACCACUGAGGGACACACCUCCACCUGCAGGCUGAUCAGCAGCCAGUCUGACAGAAAUAUAUUCACUUUUAUUUCAUUUUAAAAUGUGCACAUGAUCCACAAAGCUCUGAUGGUUCUGAAUUGAACUGUUCUCAUUUUGGGAAAAACACGUAAUAUCACAGGAUAGUAAGAUAGUAUUUGAGCUUUCAGCUUGUUACUGGAGUCACAGAAAGAGUUUUUGGUAUGAUGAUGAAAAACUGUUUAGAUGAUCAUCUUUAACCUCAUUCACCUUGUCUGCUUAUUUGUAACUGUGCAUUUAGGGCCAAAACUAAAAGUGAGUAGCAAAGAUGCGUUUAAAUCUAAUAAAGGAUUAUAUGUUUGGUCCAGUGAAGAACGUGUGAGCAAAUGCAGGAACAAAGUGGUUGGGAAAUUCAUAUUUUAUCGCAGUACUAUGAUCUUCCCCAGAUAAAUCCAGCCUUUAAUUUGACAACAUUUAUUAUUUGGGAAAUAAAAAAACAUGUUGGAAAAUAAUCUCACCACUGACACAGUUAUUGGUACUUCUGCUGUUAUUACUUUACUUCUUUGAGCUUUGGUAUAGAUGCAGCCAUCUGGGACAUGACAACCUUAAGGGCCUAAAAAAGAGGCAACAUAAGUCUUCAAGAAAGAAGAGAUGUCCAGCUGCUUUCCAUUUAAGCACUCAGGAGUUCUUUUUGCCAACAGGAAAGCUCAUAAUCCUCUCCUAAAACCUCUUUUAAGGUUGGAGCAUACAGAGUCAGGUCCUCAACCGUUCCUCUUUGUACUAUCUCUGUAGACGAGAUUGUCCAGAGUCCCAGGUCCACUUCCAUGCCCUACUUUCCAACUUACCCGGCAGGUUUUAUUUGAUCAUAAAGAAACUUUCAUUUAUGCGUCUGACUAAUCAUUUUCUUGUUUAUUUGGCCGUAUGUUUAGAAUCCUUAUGCUGCCAAAAGACCCAAAGAUAACCAGAAUAAUCAUUUAACAUGUUCAGCUCAGGAUGUCUCUAGGAAGAUUCACAUGGCCUUUAGAAGAGAAACAGUCGUGAUCCGUGGGUGUUUCAUCCCUUUGUCGUUUAUUGUUGAGAAAAAGGUCUUGCCGUACUCAGUUGUUUAUUAUUGUCAUUAGGGUUUUGCCAUGCAGUUCAUUCCUUUGUGUUUAUUUCUUGUGCUGUUCUGGUCUCUGUGUAUUUUAGUUUAUUCUCUAAGAUCAGUAUUAGUCUUUUUUUCCCCUUGUUUGAAGUUUCCUUUAUUAUUUAUUAUUAUUCACUCAGUGUUUUGAUCUCCUCCGCAGCUGUUACACAUGCCCUUGAAUAAGCUUACCUGAAUCCAAUGCUAUUCUCCAGCCUUACCUCAGUAUAUAAGUUCACUGGUUUUAAUGGCUCAUUGCUGGUUCCUUCUGUCACACACGGUGCUUUGUGUCCUGCUCUGCUUUUGAUCCCUCUGGAAGUUUUCUGUGUUCCUCUAUUAUUAAAAUCUCUGCUCACCACCAUCACAUUCAUCCUCUGGAUGUGGGUCCUUUACCAACCUCAAAAUUACAGGUCCAUAGCAUCACAGAUCCUCCACCGUACAUAAUAGUGGUAAUUAAGUACUUUUCUUUUGUUUUAUCCUUUGUUUUAUCUCGGUGCACCUGGAGCAUGCAUUGUUGUUCACUGAGUCUCAUCUGACCAAAACACAGAGUUCUAGUUCCUGUCCCAGUAAAGCAAAAUCCAUUUUUACAUUUAAGGCAGAAAAGGCCUUUUCCAGGUAGGCCUUUUUAAACAACCUGUCUGCAUGUCUAUAGCAUGUCUUGGUUGUCAUGGAAACCUGGUUGCCAGUCUUUUCAGAGUUUUGUAGAUUUUUUAUUUCUUUUACUUUUCUUCUCAUUCUGUUAAAGAUAACCUUGGUUCCUCGUCCCAUUAAAUUUGAACAGAACAAAUCUAAAUUAACUUUAAUGGAAUGCACUGUUGUCUUUCCUAUUUUUAAGAGUGACUAAAGGAAAUGAACCUGUGUGUAACAUCACAUAUAUUUAUUUUUAAGGAAUUGUUAGAGGUAACAAUAAAUUUUGCUAUCUAGGAUUUUGUAAAGUGAUUUUGUUUUAAUGUUAAAGGUUGGAUUUUUCAAGCAUUAUCAGUGUGUGUUUAUGCUCCUGCAAUAAAAGCAUAUUAAACAUG